AUGUCAUUUAUGAUUUGCGAUGGAAGCGGGUAUUAUCCUCCACACUGCUCUUCCAUGGAACCUCAAACGCCAUCGACGCCCUCCUCCUUCCGUUAUUUUCCCGCGCUUUAUAACAGCUUCUUCUAAUUCACAGAAAAAGUGGGGUUACAGAGGACCAAAGCCGAGCCAGAAUUUGGUGGCCGAUUGGGUCUCCAACAACGACGACACUGUUCGGAGUUUGCCAAUCUACGUUGGAGGUUUCUCUCUCUUGGCUGUUCUCUUCAACCGCACCCUUUCUGGUAUUGCUCCUGUUGCCGACGCCAGCAGUUCACAAUCUAGAGCGGAUCUCUUAGCACUUGGUUUGGCCGUGACCAAUAUAUUGACUGGUUUAGUGUGGUUGUCAAUCCGGCCAAAGAUUAUGACUCCGGUGAACCCUCAAGGAGUGGAAUGUCAGAUGAUACGUUCUCAUGUUCCUUCUUACGUAGCUUCCGAGUUAUUAUGGGCAUGGGAAUCUCUUUCAGAUGUGACGUGCUGCAGAUCUCUUGUUAUUGUAUAUGAUCAGGAUUGUAUCCUUCAGAUAGGCAUUGCAGCUGAAUCUUCAGAUGGUGGGGGAUCGGUAGCUGUGGAUGCUGCUAAACUGGUGCAAGGUUCACUUUAUAACGGUGUAAUAAAAUCUGGAGCUCAAAGCUACCUAGCCAAUCUCUCUCUUUAUCCAGGAAGGUCUGAGCUGCCAUUUUUGCCCUCAAACACACAGGCAGUGAUCUUGCAGCCACUUGGAGAUAAAGGAAUUGCAGUAAUUGGUGGUGACACAAUCAGGGGUUUCACAAAUUCUGACCAGGCAUGGAUUACAUUAAUUGGGGAGAAGCUGGACGCAACGCUAGAAAAGUAUAUUACUAAUUCCUCUGUGGUGCAAGAUAAAAUUUGAAACUAAUCAUGACCAGAUUGUAGAGUAUAUUGAUCUCAUUUCGGCAUAUCACAUUAUGAGGUCUUUCAUCGAGACUGGAAACUUCUCAAGUGGAAAAGGCUGAAGCUUGAGGCAUCUUAGCUGGGCAAUUCUCUCUUUCUUGGGUUUUGAUCAAGCUUGGCCCAUUGCUUUCUUGAGUUCUUGGAAGUCUUGGAUUCCUUGCAAGCGCUGGUUAUAUUCUAGCCUCCUAUAUUCUGCGUCCUGACUUUAUCACGAUAAGGGUUGACAGAGGGAAUUCCUCCCAAACCUUUCAUCCUGAACUAGGGGAAAGUAAUUUUAUGUUGUUACCAGCACAAAUCCUUCUUCCCAUUCAAAUAACUAUCUUUGACCUUAGCUAUCCCUUCUUAGUGCUUUCUGUACGCUCUUAAUUGUUGUAAAUCUUCUCCACGGGCAGAGUUGGUCAUCUAUCAUCAACGUUCACUAUUAGAUCCCUAACUAGGUGUGGAUACUUGUGUUAUAUAGUUGUGUUAUACGUUUUUAGUUCAUUUCGUUUCUGUAAUUUUCUUUUUGCACCUUUUGAUAACUAUGUACUUUUUUCUAUGUCAAGACAUUAAUUCACACAAUUCAUUUUAGGAA